AUGUCGUUAGAAACGCCACUAUGCAAAAUACUCGGUAUUCAGCAUCCCAUUCUUCUGGCGGGCAUGGCCAAGGCGUCUGGAGCACCACUAGCAGCAGCCGUGUCCAACGCUGGUGGUCUCGGUUGCAUCGGCGGUCUUGGAUAUACCCCGAAACAGUUGGAUGAGAUGUUAACAGAGCUCAAAUCUCUGCUUCGAGACCCAAACCUUCCAUUUGGCGUCGACCUUGCGCUUCCACAAGUUGGCGGUGGUGCUCGAGCGACCAACCAUGACUACACCCACGGCCAGCUGGAUGAGCUCAUUGAAACCACAAUCCGACAUGGCGCCAAACUGUUCAUUUGCGCCGUCGGUAUCCCUCCGGAACACACCGUCAAGCGUCUUCACGAAGCGGGCAUCUUGAUCAUGAACAUGGUCGGCGCUCCUAGACAUGCAGAGAAAGCACUCCAGCGCGGCGUCGACAUUGUUUGUGCUCAGGGUGGUGAAGGAGGUGGUCACACCGGCGACGUUCCGUUUUCCGUCCUGAUACCCGCAGUCGUCGACGUGGUGAAAAAAUAUAAAAGCCCUUUGACAGGCCAGACACCACUGGUGGUAGCAGCUGGCGGAGUAAACGACGGCCGCAGCCUGGCUGCUUCCCUGAUGCUUGGCGCUACUGGCGUCUGGGUUGGCACACGAUUCCUUGCAACAACGGAGAGCGGUGCAAGCCAGCUUCACAAGGAAGCCGUCGUAUCUGCCGGUUUUGGAGAAACAAUCCGAACUCUCGUUGUUUCGGGCCGACCGCUUCGUGUGCUUCCCAAUGACUAUAUCAAGCAGUGGGAACAACGGCCCGAGGAGAUCCAGAAGCUCACAACAAAGGGCAUUGUGCCGAUGAUGGACGAUAUUGAAAAGGACUCUGAUGAUGUCGAUUUUCCGUUCCUCAUGGGGAGUGUUUCGGCCGCUGUCAAGACCAUUCAGCCCGCUGGGGAGAUUGUCAGGGAGAUGGUCUCCCAGGCCAUACAAGUUUUGCAGCAGGGAAACACAUAUAUCAAGGGAGGAGCGAGUAGUAAAUUGUAA